CUAAUCAUGUUCUAAUUUCUAAUCCUACUUGGCAAGAACAAGCUGUACAUGUCAAUUUGACAUUAUUUCGUGUUCCUUCGUCAAAUCAUAGUUACUUAUAAAAAAUAAAGAAUUAAAUACAAGAAAAAGCCUAGAGAAGUGGAACAUCGACAAAAUGUUAAUAUCUAGAGGAGCUUCAACACGGAUCUUAAAAACCUUGAGUAAUAAAGGUGUCCACUUUAAGCAAGCCGUUAGAAAUAGUGGACAUCAGUAUUAUUAUCGGUCUGCUGUUCCAGAACAUAAAAAAAGUGUAAUAAUUAGAGCAGAAAUUGUUCAUGGUAUUGUUUGGUGGUGGAUUUUGUGGCAUUUCUGGACUGAACCUGAUCACGUUUUUGGAGAAUUCGAUUAUCCAGAUCCUAGUAAAUGGACCGAUGAAGAACUAGGUAUACCUGAAGAACUUGAAUAACUGGUUUGUUUCUAUGUAGUUUUCAUAAUUAUAUAUUUAUUUAAGAAAUAAUAAAAACUUGUUAUAGCAA